AUGACUCCAAUUUCAAAAAAUAUUCUCCUUGCAAUUAUGGAUGCGAUUAAGGCCAAACUUGAUGCAUUAGAGACUAACAAAACUUGGAUCUUGACAAAACUUCCUCCCGGGAAGAAAGCUAUUGGGUGUAAGUGGGUCAUCAAAACCAAAUUCAAAGCUGAUGGCAGUGUGGAAUGCCACAAUGCUCGGUUAGUGGCUAACGGCUUCACCCAGUCUCGCUCAGAUCACUCUCUCUUCGCUAAACGCACCAACUCAGGCUUCACUGCAAUCCUAGUAUAUGUAGAUGACUUAAUCUUGGGAGGUGAUGAUUUAGCAGAAAUUGAGUGCAUCAAGAAGCUACUUGAUGACAAAUUCAAAAUUAAGGAUCCUGGGAGACUCAAAUACUUCUUGGGAUUAGAAGUUGCCAGGACUACACAAGGCAUCUCUCUUUACCAACAAAAGUACACCCUUGAUCUCUUAAAGGAGUAUGGCUUGACUAAUGCAAAACCUGCAUCAACUCCUAUGAAUUACACUGUAACACUAUCAAAGUCCUUCAAGGUUCCGUUAGAUGAUCUUCAACCUUAUAGACGAUUGAUUGGCCGUCUCCUUUACUUUACCAACACCAGACCUGACAUAUGUUUUAUAGUAAGCAAAUUAAGCCAGUACUUGGAUUGUGCUACUGGCCUUCACUUCAAAGCUGGACUUCAUGUGCUUUGCUACCUCAAACAAGCUCUAGCAAAGGGUGUUUUCUUUCCACGUAAUUCUGAUUUCAAGCUCACCGGCUACUUCGAUUCAGACUGGGGUACAUGCCCAGAUUCACGAAGAUCUAUGACUGGCUAG